CCCCAGUACAUUGUACCCAUCCAACAUGUAGCUAUCGCCUUUCCGCCUUGUGCUGCACAUCAUUCAUCCAUUACUUACUUACCAAGCUCUCUAUACACAUACUUAGCAGACAGUCUGACCGACGGCGUGUGCCCGGGCCAAUCAGGGCACACACAGUCUAAACACACUGCAACCCCGACGACCGAUGCGCCAGUGAACGAGCGCAACCCUUGGGUACCUACCUACACCGGACGGUUCCUCUGCAGCCACUUAUUCAUCCGAGAGAGACAACACCACAUGGACCAUCAUCACUCUUCGAAUCCUCCCCAACCCCGGGCCUUCAACCCUUUCUCCACCCCUCCCUCCUGCCCCUCGGCCCCUCCAACACAAGCCACCUCGCAACCCGAUGCAGACAACACCCAUAGCCACAGCAAUGUCACCCUGGGCCUCUUGAACGACUCUCGCCUGCCGCCCUAUACCACCUCCGCCCGUCCCGUCACCGAUCACCCGCCCUCAUCCACGGCUCUUACUCCCGUCCGAGACGAGUUCCGUUUCCACGUCAGAAACCCCAGUGCCGCAGGCUUGACGCUUCAGACAGACUUGACCCAUCCAACCACAACCGCUUCCGCCGUCUACAACGGCAGGGAAACAUCCAAUCUGGACUCCUCCGCUGAAAGCCCGCCGCUGAGGCAUUCGGCCACGGCGCCAAUCGUCAUCCACGACGGCCACCUUCGAGGCACCACGCUGUCGGCUGGAAGCAUGGCUGGCUCCUUGUCGCCUGCCUCAGCACUCUCCUCGCCCGCACUCAACGCUCUCGCAGACAUCACUCCGCUGCCGUCUCCCUUGGUCAUGUCCGAUUCCCCUGCUGCCAUAUGGGGAAAGCAGGCGGCGCGUCCAGGAUCCCGUGGCGCCUCCGGUUCCUUUCGUGAGGACUCGUUCCUCAACUUCAACAACAAUGGAACCCUAUCUCCAUCUCCGUCGCUGAAAAAGAAAGGCUAUCAGCGCCUGAAAACAGCCGCCACCCAGGCCGCAGAGGCUGGGCUGACCUCUCAGCACACAAAGAGUGUCAACCGCGCAAGAAACUCGAGUCUUAGCGAGGAAUUCAAACCCGAUUCACCCCCCAAAAUCGGCUCUCGCCAGCGCUCUCUCACUCAGAUCCCGACAAAUCAGGGCACCGCAAACACCGGUCCCCCGCCCUUCCUGCACCGAGAAGCCUAUCUGGCUGCUCAACGUGGUUUGGUCUCCACGACCGGUCCAGCCGGCAUUCCCACACCGCCAGCUAGCAAUCGAAGCGUGACAGAAAGUGAAGAGGAAGAGGUCCCCGAGGAGGACAAGACUGAAUACAUCACCGUGAGGCAGGGUCCGCAGGGGACCAAGAAGCUUUGGCGCCCAGUGCGCCUGCUGGGCCAAGGCACUUUCAGUAAGGUGUGGUUGGCCACAAGCGAAAAGGUCCCGACCAAAGAUCCACUCGACGAGGCCACCCUCGACCCCCACAAACUGGUUGCUAUCAAGGUAGUUGAGCACGGCCCGGCCGGCGGCGCUGACGAAGAACGUGUGAUGCUUAGCCUUAAACGAGAAGUCGAGAUGCUUCGGUCUAUAAGCCACCCUUCGCUUGUCCAUCUACGAGCUUUCGAUCACGGUGAUAAGCAGGCCUUGCUUGUUCUCACUUAUUGCCCCGGUGGUGAUUUGUUUGAUGUGGCCAGCGACAGCCAUAACCUGCUCAGCGUAGAACUCGUCCAGCGCAUCUUUGCCGAGUUGGUUGGUGCUACUAGGUAUCUGCAUAACCAGUUGAUCGUGCAUCGCGACAUCAAGCUAGAAAACGUGCUUCUCAAUAUCCCAACUUCUACUGUCCCGCUGCUCAAGAACCCUCGUUCACAUCCGUACCCCAUAGCAACAUUGACGGAUCUGGGUCUCUCCCGUCGUAUUCCUGCUCCGCCCGAGUCCCCUCUCCUUACUACUCGUUGUGGCAGUGAAGAUUAUGCUGCGCCUGAAAUUCUCCUUGGUCAGCCUUAUGAUGGGCGGCAAACAGACGCCUGGGCACUCGGUGUCGUGCUUUAUGCGCUGAUGGAAGGCCGCUUGCCAUUUGACCCACCUCCGGGCAAGGCUGGUGCACGUAGUAGAGCCACACACCGCAUCGCCAGAUGCGACUGGUCAUGGGUCAGGUUUGGCGAUGAUGACGAUGAAUGGGAUCCCGAGAAAGGAAAAGGAUGGGAGGGUGCUCGUGCUUGUGUCGAAGGCUUGCUUAAGAAGGUCUCCCGAGGCCGCAAAAGCCUCGAGGACAUCAACAAGCUCGACUGGGUGCAACAGGGCAUCCAAGUUGACGGCGGCAUCAAGAGCAGGAUAGAAGACGAAGAUGUGGAACAGCGCACGCCUGACAUGAACUCGAGGUAACCGUUAGUGAGGCUACUUGAACAGCGUCACUCGUGUGGGUUCGAGGGUCGGUUUGCUCCAUCCUUUCUCUUUUCAUCACCACUGCUCAGGUCUUGACAUCAAGUGUCAGCCAUGUUUCAUGCUCUCCUAGACUUUCAAGGAACAAACUCGAAGUAACGACACAAUGUCGAGAUUGCUUGCCACUCCUUGUUUGGGAGCGUGAUCCUGUACAAAAGUCUUGCGGUCUAUCGACUGGACUAACUAGGCAACCAAAAAUAUUGUAACAACAUUGCGUUGCAUCUGUUUUUUGUUUUCUCCCAAUUCUUCUUCAUCGUUCAUCACCGAGACGGGCUCGGAAGGGCUCUAUGGCGUCGGGCACACAAUGGUCAUGCCCGAACAAAGACUUACGACCCAACCAAAACUCAUGCCAGAGCAUCAACUACCAGCAGUCGCUAUUUUUUUCUUUCGGCUUCAGCUAGAGAAAGGAAGCAGAAGUCCUGCACGAUGAUAUCCCCACCAACAACUCUGCCGAUCAUUUCCCCACCUGCCCCCCAUCCUCCCACUUCUUAUUUCUUACUUACUCAACCGACCUUUUCCUUCUUCUUGUACUGUUAGUUUACACUUUUUGUUUAUGUUUGUUAGCUUCAUUAUCCUGAUAUCCAUUUUUUCUUUCUUUUUCUUCAUCGAUCUAACCCUUGUUACUUAUGCUUCCAUUUUCACUUUGGAUUUAACCACCAUACUACCUUGCUGCUUUCUAGAAUACAAUAAUACGUCUUUGCAUAGUUUGAUUUGCGUUUUGUUUGCUUGUUGAAUGCGUUGAGUAUAGAGUUUUGAAAAUGGAGGGAAGGGGGCGGUUGUUCAUCGUCAAUUGUUCAAUGUAGAUUUGGGUAGUUUGGGUAGGGACGAGCGGAGAGUAAAAAGGAUGAAGUGAGCACUUAUAGACCAAGCUGAGAUGGGCCAUUCUCGAACGAGGAAGGGGGCAAGAAUGUUGGUAGGCAAAGGUUAUAGUAAAAAGACUUACUCGACGAUUUGGUGCACCCUCGUGGUCGUCAAACUACUUGGGUCCAUGAUGUUCCCCCAAAGACACAUAUUUUAUAUUUUUUUUUCUUGCUUUCCAUGUUGUUUUUGAUCACCUUUUCCUCCGCCCUUGAUGUGAUUUUUCGUGUAUGAAUAAUGUUUCUCGUAAUUUAGAACAUCUCGCCCCUAUCCACCUCGAAUUGAGAAACCACCGAUACAUAACAAAUAGUCUCUCUGAGCUGAUUUAUAAGAUAUCGCUACAGGGUUUUACUACGCUGCAUAUUCCCAAGAGUCAUACCUCCUUUUGGCAAGAAAACGAAAAAGCAUCAAUCCAUCCACCCCCCAAAACAAGAAAAAAAAAAAGAAGGCCUCUGAAACACGCACUCAUCUGCAUCCCAACACCCCAACACCCCAUCACCUCGUUCCCCACCCAGCCUACCCCCAAAACCCCUACACCUUCUCCAUACCCUCCCACAAACUCUCCGUCCCAACCCUCUCAUUCCUCAAAUACACACUCCUAAACCUCCCCUCCUUCAUCGUGACACUCUCUCCAUCCCCUCCAUCAUCCUCAUCGAACACCACCUCCCCACCCCCACAGACCUCCCUCUUCCUCUCCACAUCCACACCUACAU